CCUUACUCUGCCCUCCACCUCCCCAGGCUGUUCGCUGGUACAGUUCCCUCUCACAUCUCCGUUCCUCUCCUUUACAUCCAUUCUGCAUUGUCUCUGCUUUCACCUGGACUGGAAGGGGUGAAAGAUGCCACCCACUGGAGCAGUGGAAUGACAAAGAAGAACAUUUGGCUAAAUCCAGGCAGCAGAGAGGAGACUGCUUUUCCUAGAUCGGCUAAAGAAAAACACCUCUAUUCUUUUCAUCAUGCUUCUUCAAUAACAUGUUUUUUUUUUUUCUUUUAUAGAAUUGGAUGUCUAUAAAAUGUUGUAAACCCUUUAACCUACAAGGAAACAAAAAAGCUGGGUCCAAGUCCAACACGAUGGUUUUCCAACACUUAGACGUUUUUUUCUCAAUCUGCCUGUGUCUCGACCUUUCAUAUCUCUCACUUUCCUGUUUGGAUUUUAACCCAUGCAAGAGCUGCACCAAAUCCUAUCUGUGGAGUUGGGAUUUCUGCCUUCUAUGAUUUGUCUCAUGCGCAUCUUGGAUACAAGCCUUUGGAAACUGUCAGAAAAGAAGUCUUAAUAAAUCAUAUAUCUUAUGUCCCUGAUGGAAUGAAAGCGUCCCAUGACUUAAGCCGGGAAUUUAACCCUUUGUGUGCCAUUUCCUUGAGGUGAAGAAACAAGUUGACCUUUUUUCCCUCUACCUACUAAUUCCAGGACCUUUAAACCAGGCGUGAUAACAUUUCUUAUCUGGCUUUAGAUAGGGAAAAAUAAGAAGAUACUGGGACCCAGUCUGUAACAUUUGCUGCCUGCGAAUGCAUCCUUCUGACUCACUGGCCAUAAAUACCUCCUCCUAAAUGAGGAAAGCACAUUUUACAUCAAGGGAAGGAAAGCUAAAAACAAAAAAGGAUUCCGACUGUUUCCCCGAUGGGUUAAUAUAUUUGUGAAAAAAGGAGAAAAGACGCUGGGAAAACACCGAUGCCUCUAGAAGACUAAGCUUCUGUGUGGAUCCACUAAAGGCUUAUGUUUGGGGUGACAUCAGGGCCCAAACUGUUUGGGGCAUAAUGGGGCUGUGCCAAAGGAUUGGUCCUGCACACAAGGUCCAAUCUCUCCUGUGGGAUCUGUCAGAGGUACACAGAGAGAGGGGACUGCAGUGAAGAAAACAGGAGGGUAACAGGGACAAAGUCUCCAUAAAACCCUUAAACUCGACUUAUCUACCCCAGGAAAUGCCCAGCUCGACCCAAAUUAAAAGUGCACAAGGCGAGAAGGGCAGUAAAGCUGUCACAGCAGAGGGAGACCAGUAAGGAAAGGAGGAACGCACAGGGGUAAAUACUCUGUCUACCAUGGAAAGCUUUGUCAGGGGUGUUCUGCUGGUAGGAAGCCUUGUGACCAUGGUCAUUUCUUGUCCCUUCCAUUGUACCUGCCAAAACCUCUCAGAGUCACUCAGCACACUCUGUGCCAACAAGGGGCUCCUUUAUGUGCCACCUAACAUAGACCGCAGGACUGUGGAGCUACGACUGGCUGACAACUUUAUCAGAGUGGUGGAACAAGAAGAUUUCCUCAACAUGACAGGGUUGGUGGACCUUACAUUGUCAAGAAACACUAUUGAUAACAUUCAACCUUUUGCCUUUGGUGAUCUGGAGAGCCUGAGGUCAUUACAUUUGGAUGGCAACCGCCUAACUGCCAUCCAUGAGGAAGCUUUGAGAGGAAUGUUAAACCUUCAGCAUCUUAUCAUCAACACUAACCAGCUUGUGAAAAUCCCAGUAGCCACUUUUGACGAUUUUCUUCUUAGUUUAGAGGAUCUGGAUUUGUCAUAUAACAAUUUAAUUAGUGUUCCAUGGGAAGCUAUUCAAAACAUGGUUAGUCUACAUACUCUCAAUCUUGACCAUAAUCUCAUUGACUAUGUAAUGGAAGGCACAUUUUCUGAACUAUACAAACUCUCCAGACUGGACAUGACAUCUAACAGGUUGCAUACACUACCUCCAGAUUCCCUUUUUGUCCGUUCCCAGACUGGAGUUGUUAGCCCUACCCCUUAUACAUCCAUAAUUGUGCUUAAUUUUGGGGGGAACCCAUUUCACUGCAACUGUGAGCUUUUAUGGUUACGUCGACUAGUAAGAGAGGAUGACAUGGAAACAUGUGCUUCUCCUCCACCACUAGCUAGGCGUUAUUUCUGGUCUAUACCGGAAGAGGAGUUCACCUGUGAGCCUCCAUUAAUCACUCGUCAUACACAUCAGCUUUGGGUUCUGGAAGGGCAGAGAGCAACGUUAAAGUGUCGGGCAAUUGGGGACCCAGAACCUGUUAUCCAUUGGGUAUCACCAGAUGAUAAAAUAAUGCCCAACUCGUCCAGAACUGCUUCCUACCGAAAUGGAACCUUGGAUAUAUUGGUUACAACAAUCAGGGAUGAUGGAGCAUAUACUUGUAUAGCGAUCAAUGCUGCUGGGGAAUCAACAGCUCAAGUAGACUUAAAAAUGAUCCCUUUGCCACAUCGAAACAAUGGAACAGUUAGCGUACUGAGGCAGGAUCCUGGGUCUUCUGACAUUACCACUUCAUCUAAGACAUCUGCCAAUGUGACAGAGGAAAGAAAGACACCAGAAACUGCUGUUUUAGUAUCUGAUGUCACUUCAUCUUCUGCACUGAUACGGUGGCACAUGAAUAGAUCGGCUUAUGUUGUGUGGAUGUACCAGAUCCAGUACAAUUGCACAGUUGAUGAGACAUUGGUGUACAGGAUUCUGCCUUCCACAACCAAGCACUUUGCCUUGAAACAUCUGGUGUCAGGAGUAGAUUAUGAUCUUUGCAUACUGGCCAUUUUUGAUGAUGUUGCAACAUCAUUGGCUGCUACCAAGUCCUUGGGUUGCGUUCAGUUUUCUACAGGAGAAGCAUAUCCAGACUGCCGUUCUCUGCAUGCUCAUUUUCUAGGGGGCACAUUAACUAUAAUUGUUGGAGGAGUCAUUGUGGUCACGUUGUUGGUCUUUACCGUGGUUAUGAUGGUCAAAUACAAGGUGUGCAGUAGUUCCCGAUCUGACAUUCCUAAGGUUACCAAUGUUUACUCACAAACCAAUGGAAGCCAGGUGAUGUCCAAUGGCAUGCUUCUACAACGCAGACUAAACAAUGAGUCUGCCAAAGCAUGUUGUUCCCAGGGGACUUAUAAAGAGGAUACAGGAAGGGUUGUACAUGGAGUUAAACCUCAACGUAGAAAGGCCAGGCACAGAGAAGUGUCAGAAAAAGAGGAUGACAAAAUCAUUAAGGCUUCAGAACUGGAGGGACCACAGUGGGGAUCAAGCCCCGAAGAUGGCAUCGGUUUUGAUAUUCCAAAAACCAAGCGGAGCUGUUCUGUAGACAUGGGGGAAAUGGCAACCACCACAUGCUAUAGCUAUGCCAAGCGACUGAGCGUUAUAUGGACAAAGAGGAGUCAGUCUGUGCACGGCAUGCUUUCACACUGUGGGACAGAAUUGCCCAAGGGAAAACCAGUAUUAUUCACUGGCUCAGAUGAGCUUGAAGAAAGUGUAGUGUAGUUGAGGACACUGCUACACUCAGAACUGUUAUAGCAACCUCUACAUAGAGAUGCAAAUAUUCAAUUUGUUGAACAGCAGCUAAAUAUUCUUCAAAAAUGAGCCAUUAGCAAGCACUUCAUUCUCAACAAAAAGUGUUACGUUUGCAAUUGAUUACAAAUUGGUUUAUUGUGAGAUUGCGACAGACAAAAAAAUAAAACUUUCCCUGGUCCUAAAACGGAAUACAUUUUUGUGUGGAAGUAUCUUAUAACAUUCUCUGUGGAUGUGGUGGCACCUUGUGAUUAUAUCCUUGGAUGUAUUUGGUAAACUGUACAACCUUUCCUGACCUCAGAGGUAUGUUCCUUAUUGCAUAAGCACAAUGGAGCCAAACUAAAUAAGCUACCAGUGAAGUUCUAAAAAGGACUGAAAUUGUGAGGCUAUCACAACAAAAUAAAACAUUCCAUUUUUUUUUCUAAGAAUCAAAAAAAUACAGUUUACCAAAACCUCAAUUGAAGAAGAUUUAUAUGUAAAUGAAAAUCUUAGGAACAAGCUUGUGAGGUCUGAAAAAAUAAAUUCACAGAUUGACAUAAGGAGGCACAUCAGGAGGUGUCACCACUUUUCCAAUACUUGCUGACAACUUGUCAGGUGGGUUCACAAAGCCAUGGAAAAAUAACUGACCAUAGACACUCUAACAUUGAUUUAUAUUAUGUACUGACUAUGUGUUAUCCAAAAAAUGAUUAGAAUAAAGCCAAACCAGUUUUAAUUAGCAUUCAGAAAAUUAAUACAAGUUUGUGUAUACCAUGCUUGGUAUAACCUUCUGUAAUGGAUCCAAAGUGGGACCUUGUAUUAUUUUGCCAUUAAAUGUUCUGCUUUCUCCUGA